AUGGAUCUUCCUCUCGAAUCUCGCAUGGCGACAGGCUGUGUUAAGGUGACAAUGGCUGUUUCCACAUUUCUUCUCAUAAUUUUAGCGAUCUGUUUCCGAUUUCUCUAUGUUGAUAUCCCCAAAAUCAAGGGUAUUCCUGAAAUCCCGGGCGGUAAUUUUCUGGCGGGGCAUCUCUACCAGCUAGGGAAUGACCAUGCGACAACGGCAGAAAAAUGGGCAUCACAGUAUGGAUUUCCCGUGUUCCAGGCCAGAUUAGGACGGCGAAGAGCAAUAUUUGUUAACACCUUCGAUGCGGCCCGGGAAUGGAUGGUCAAAAACCAGUCCGCAACUCUGGAUCGCCCCCGAUUUUAUACCUUUCACGGGGUUGUAUCCGCAACUUCAGCUGCAACUAUUGGAACAAGUCCUUGGGAUGAGAGAACUAAAAAGCAACGGCGUGUCGUGGGCUCAUUCACCACGGGUCCAUCAAUUCAGAAGCUACGGCAGAUGUUGGAUGUAGAGGUGGGUUCAAUGGUCUUGGGGCUAUAUAAUGACAGCAAAAAUGGGACGGUCAAUAUUAUGCCUCAUAUCUAUCAGAAGCGACUCGCACUAAAUGCGAUGAUGAUGUUUUGCUAUGGAACACGGUUCUCUUCGGUUACGGAUCCUCUGCUUCUCCAGAUUCUAUCGGAUGCUAGUACAAUUGCGAGUUUUCGGUCUACCAAUUCAAAUCCUCAAGAUUUUAUCCCUCAUCUGAGGUAUCAGCUCAACGAACGAACUGCCGCCGCUGUUGAAGUUCGACAGCGUCGAGACACAUGGCUGUCAUCCAUGCUGGACAAUGUCCGGAACUCUUUGCCUCUGCGAAAUGGGUCGAAGAAAUGCGUGUCCGAGAUGUUGUUAACUGACAAUCAGGAAGGCCUGACUCAGCUUGAUAUCAAAACUAUACUCAGCGGACUCAUGUCAGGAGGUUUCGAGACGAUCUUUUCGACUGCAAUCAUCACUGUUGGUUUUCUGUCCACUCCAGAAGGCCAAGGAAUCCAGAACAAAGCAUACAGCAGCAUAUUGGAUGUGUACAACACCCUUGAGGAAGCAAUCGAGCACUGUUUAACCGAGGAAAAGUGUGAAUACGUUUCCGCCCUUGUGAAAGAAGCUUUGAGGUUUUAUCCUCCUCUCAAGCUUCUCCCUGCACGACAGACAUACAAAGACUUUACUUGUCAAGGUGCUCACAUUCCCAAGGGCGUCCUUGUCUAUGUAAAUGCACAAGCUGUCAACCGCGACAAAUUGACUUAUGGCGAGGACGCGGAUCAAUUCCGUCCAGAACGUUGGACAGACAAAACGUGCAAUAUCGCGCCCCCAUAUCAUUUUGCGUAUGGCGCUGGUUCUCGCAUGUGCACCGCCGUCAAUUUUGCCAAUCGGGUUCUGUAUUCCAGUCUCUUGCGCUUGAUAAUCUCAUUCAAAAUGACCGAGAGCAAGGAAUUUCCUGUGAAUACCCACUACAUUAAUUACAAGAAAGAUCCGACUGCUUCAAAUGCCAUUCCUUCGGACUUCGAAGUGCGAUUCACACCCCGGGACGAGUCGAGCUUGAAAAGAUAUUUUGAUAGAUCGCAGGAGCAGUCUGCAGCUUUUGAAUAG